UGUCAAGCGACAAGUCUUCUACAUGUGGCCAGAUCAUUCCUAUUCUGCAAAAACUGAACCAUUAAAGAGGAGAAUUCCACAUUUGUGGCCACGGUAAAAGAAAAAGUCUGGGGUGAACUCUCCAAACGUUACCAGGAUCAUGACAUAAUGGCCUUUCUGGAGGAGGCAACUCUUAUGGAUCCAAGAUUCAAGGUAAAGCUGAGUACUGAUGAAGUUUGGGAACGACUGGAGGCAGCAGCAUUGAGGGAAAUGUUAGGAGACGAGGAUACAGUGCCAGUGGAGGCUCAGGAAGUGGAAGAGGAUGAAGAGUAUGAAGGGGAGGAGGUGGAAAAUCGUCAUGUUGUCAAGAAACCCAGGGUCUCUGCACUGGAGGAACUCCUCGCUGAAGAUGAUAAAGAGCUGCGGAGGAGCCUUAUUCAACAGGAAAAAACUGCGCCAACAAUCCUCGAGAACAUCAGGAAUGAGCUGUCAGUCUACAGAGGCCCCGUCCUUCCCAUCCCUACAUCAGAAGACCCUGCCCACUGGUGGUGGAGAAAGAAGGAAACUUUUCCUAUCCUCUCUCGGCUCUCCAGCCCCUACCUCUGUGUUCAGGCUUCCUCAACGCCUUCUGAGAGAGUGUUCUCCACAGCUGGCAACACUCUCAGUAAGGAGAGAUCUCGGCUUCUCCAGGAGAAAGUGAAAAUGCUUAUCUUUUUAAACAAAAACUGUUGAGUGCAGCAUCCAUUUUUUGGGGUAUUUAGUUUUCAAUCCGGUACAUAUUUUCAUGCAUUAAUGUUUAAAAAAAUUCCUCUUUUCAUCCUCUGUCUGACGGAAAACCCC